UUGUUGUUAUCUGCCCAAUUUAACAAGUGUGAAGAACAAAAAUCCGUUUCUCACAUAGUACGAGAAGAGACGCCUGUCUGCAGCAUUUCUAGCUAUGUAAAUUUACCAGCCCCUUGUUACAGGAGUGAGAAGCAACAAACUGUUCCUCGCAAAGUAUUUGGAGAGAAACCUGUCUGCAGCACUUCUAACUUUAUUGAGGUAGAUGAACUGCUUCUUGUAAAAUAUUCAUCAUGA